AGAAAGGACUCUUUCAAAUGCCGUGCGAAGUCUGUGGCAGCCGCAUACUGUGGAGUUAGAAGUGGCAUACAGAUCUCUGACUCCAAAAUCACAAGCAAUUUUCUAUUCCAAGAUUAGCUUCUCGUGUUUUCUCCUCCCAUUUCUUCGCAAUCCCAUUUUAAGCUACUCAUACAUUUCCUGUAUUCAAAUCUCUCCCCUGUUUGCUCCUCCCUUUCUUACCUCGCCACCCUUCGGUUUUCUUCACUUCCCAUUUUGUUUCCUUCUUCCUUGCAUAUUGGGACUGGUACGAAGUCUUGAAUCUUGUUCGUUUUGACAUCUAGGUACCUUUGGUUCUUCUUUUUUGGCUACCUCUCUGCCUCUGGGAAAGUAGUUUUGCCUUUUCACAAUGCCAUAAAUCUUUUUUAAAGAUUCCAAACGCCCUGCGUCUCACAUCCUAGGAUACUCUUUGUUGAAUAUUCCCUCUGAAGCAUCAUCUGGACUUCUAAUUUAUUGGUUGCUUCAGCCAUGGAUUCUUGCUGUGCUGCUCUGAAGGCUUCUUCCAAUGCCGUUAGUGUUAACAGAAGUCUCUUUAAUAGGAGUACUCUUUUUUGGGGGGAGAGUAUCAGGGAGAGCCUAAAAGGCAGGAAUUUUAAUGCUCACUUAUGGAAGAAUUUCAGAACCAAAAACAAUAACGGUAUCAAAAAGGUCAAGCCUCGAGUCGCCUACUCUGUUCUCACAUCUGAUGUUAACAAAGAAACUGUGACAUUUGAUGCGACGGCUUUUGAGACACCGAGGGCAGAUCCCAAAAACGUAGCUGCGAUCAUAUUAGGUGGAGGUGCUGGUACACGGCUCUUUCCACUUACUAGCCAAAGAGCCAAGCCUGCGGUUCCACUUGGAGGGUGUUACAGGCUGAUUGAUAUUCCAAUGAGUAACUGCAUUAAUAGUGGUAUUCAGAAGAUUUUUAUUUUAACACAGUUCAAUUCCUUCUCCCUCAACCGUCACCUUGCUCGCACCUAUAACUUUGGAAAUGGUGUUAAUUUUGGAGAUGGGUUUGUGGAGGUUCUGGCUGCAACUCAAACGCCAGGAGAGGCAGGAAAAAAGUGGUUCCAAGGAACCGCCGAUGCGGUGCGGCAAUUCAUUUGGGUGUUUGAGGAUGCAAAGAACAAGAACGUGGAGCAUGUAUUGAUUUUGUCUGGUGAUCAUCUUUAUCGGACAGACUAUAUGGAGUUUGUGCAGAAGCAUAUUGACACAAAUGCAGAUAUUACUGUUUCAUGUGUACCUAUGAAUGACAGCCGUGCAUCAGAUUAUGGAUUGAUGAAGAUUGACGACACAGGACGCAUUAUCCAAUUUGCUGAGAAACCUAAGGGAGCUGACCUGAAAGCAAUGCAAGUUGAUACUGCUGUUCUGGGGUUAUCUAAGCAAGAUGCUUCACGAUUUCCUUACAUUGCAUCAAUGGGUGUUUAUGUGUUUAGAACUGAGGUCCUACUGAAGCUUCUUAGAUGGAGUUAUCCUGCUUGCAAUGACUUUGGUUCUGAAAUUAUUCCAUCUGCUGUGAAGGACCACAAUGUCCAAGCAUAUUUAUUCAAUGACUAUUGGGAAGACAUUGGGACCAUAAAGUCAUUUUUUUAUGCUAAUUUGGCCCUCACAGAACAGCCACCAAAGUUUGAAUUUUAUGACCCAAAGACACCUUUCUUCACGUCUCCUAGAUUCUUGCCACCAACAAAAGUGGAUCAAUGCAGGAUUGUGGAUGCCAUAAUUUCACAUGGCUGCUUCUUGCGAGAAUGUAGCAUACAGCACUCCAUAGUUGGUGUGCGUUCAAGACUGGAGAGUGGUGUUGACCUUUCAGAUACUUUGAUGAUGGGUGCAGACUACUACCAAACUGAAUCUGAAAUUGCAUCUCUCCUUGCAGAAGGGAAGGUUCCAAUUGGGGUUGGACAGAAUACUAAAAUCAGGAACUGCAUUAUUGACAAGAAUGCCAAGAUAGGAAGAGAUGUGGUCAUCACAAAUGCUGAUGAUGUUCAAGAAGCAGAUAAACCAGAAGAAGGAUUUUACAUUAGAUCAGGGAUCACAGUCAUACUGAAGAAUGCAACAAUUAAAGAUGGAACCAUUAUCUAGCCAUUGAAUUCCCAAGGACUCCCUGUUUGGAUUAUGCUAGUAAUGGAGCUGAGGAAGCAGUUGGUUUAAGAUCUUUUAACUCAGUGGCACUGAGCAGUAACUAGUAGUGAUGAUACAUGUAAAUUAAUGCUCCUCAAAGAACAUCCUAUUAAAGUAGUAGUGUAACUAACUCUAUAGAAUAAUGAGAGCUCUAAGCUUUCAUUAUGUGGAUGCUGCCUAUGAUGUUUGAAUACAAAUAAUAUUUGCUCUCA